ACAACACAGGUACCACCGACCGUUAAGUUUGGCAUGUUAUAUCGUUCUUGCUGCUGCUGUUGCGAGUCGUCACACCAUUCUUUCUCUUAUUCUGCCACACCAAUUGCCAGGAAAACAGCAAGUCUCCCACAACAACCUAUCUACCUACCUAUCACAACUCAAGCAUCCCAUUCUCGACACACCAUCAUGGCGCCAGCAACAGCUCACGACGAGCUCCAGCUCUGCUGCUCGCCCACCCUGCCCCCCUCGGACAACAACAGCUACCCCACGCGGAACCCUUCAUCCCCAACCUCCCUUUUCCGCAUCGACAUGCACACCCACAUCAUGCCACCCUCCCUCCCGGACCUCGCCUCCCUGACCCAACAACCACCAUCACCACCACCAACAACAACAAACAACCCAACCCAACCCACCACCAAGGACACCACCGCCAAACCCUACCCCUGGCCCGCCUUCCGCCCCUCCCCCGACCACGCCACCACGGGCGCCGUCGACAUGUACGUCGGCAGCACCUUCUUCCGGCGCGUGUCCGCCUCGUGCUACGACCCGGCCGCGCGCCUGCGCGACAUGGACGCCGCGGGCGUCGACGUGCAGGUGCUGAGCACCGUGCCCGUGCUGUUUUGCUACGACGCGCCCGUUGCGCCGGCGCGCGUCCUGGCGAGGGUGUUGAAUGAUCAUGUCAGUGGGGUUUGUGCAAGGUUUCCGGGCAGGUUUGUCGGGUUGGGGACGGUGGCGUUGCAGGAUUGUGAUGCGGCGGUGGAGGAGGUGCGGCGGUUGAGGGGGUUGGAGGGGAUGGUGGGGGUGCAGGUUGGGACGAGUGUUGAGGUUGGGGAUGAAGGGGGGGGGAAGGUGGGGAUGUUGGAUGAUGAGCGGUUGGAGCCGUUUUGGGCGGCGUGUGAGGAGCUGGAUGUGCCGGUGUUUGUGCAUCCGCUGGGGUACGCGUUGGGGAAGGAGAAUAAGGAUCGGUGGGGGAGGUAUUGGAGCUCGUGGCUCGUGGGGAUGCCGUGUGAGACGGCGCUGGCUAUGCACGGGAUUAUGGCGUCCGGGUUGUUGGUGCGGCAUCCGGGGCUGCGGCUUUGCUUUGCGCAUGGAGGGGGUGCGUUCCCCGCGCUACUGGGGAGGAUACAGCACGGGUUUGAUUGCCGACCGGAUCUGGUGGCGACCAACGCGUGUGGAUUGGAAGCUGGUCAAGGGCAGAUAUGGAUCGACUCGCUACUACAUGACCCGGACUUGAUGGAAUAUGUCAUACGCAAGUUGGGUCCGGGAGGUGCGGAUCGGAUUGUCUUGGGGAGCGACUACCCAUUCCCGCUGGGAGAAGUCCCGGUGGCGGGGAAGAUGUUGACAGAGGACGAGAAACUCGGGCGGUUCAUGAGCUGGCAAAAGAGAGCCGGGGUUCUAGCUCGGAAUGCUAUCCGGUUUCUCAAGCUAGGUCGAGAGUUUGAGGACAGGUUUGAGGAGCGGCUAAGGCAGUUCGCGGCCGCUCAUGUUCCGUCACCGGAUGAACAGAUCAAAGAUGCCAGCUGGGAUGGGUGGCGGCAUCGGGAUAGUGCCAUUGAUCUGGACGAGGGCGAGGACCUGGCCAGUCGCAAACCAAGGACCGAGAGCAGCAGCACAGGGAGGUCUCCAGGCAGUGUCGGGAGCCAGUGAGGUUUGGCCAGAUGAGGAGAGGGCUGGGGAUUGGGUGACCGAGGUUGUGGCGUUCUGUUAUUCUUUUCACUUUGUACAUGCUGCUUUCGAGCUUCUCAGUGUUUUACGGUUGAGGCAGAGGCAGGGCGUUGAUCAAUAUGCAGGAAUAACAAUCUGGAGUUCUGCGAUACAUUGAAAGAGACAAGAGGAUAGAAUAACAAGGGUUUGUGAGAAAGCAAGAGCUAUCUAAUUAUAUAU